AGUUACACUAUAGUGAGUACACAUCUGGAGAGCUUGUGCAGCUGUGAGCUUCCAUAAUCACUCACAUCUGAAUGUGCUCUGCUUCAUAAGCUUUUUUCCUGUUCUAACCCUCCCCAAAAUGUUUCAUACAUCGACCUCCCCCCCCCUUCCCAGUUUCUGUUGUCUCUCUCCACUCCCACAUGCUUAGCCAGUGAUUCAGGGUCCUAGCAAGGGGUUGCCUCACAGCUUUGGCAAAUAAAAGCAGAGCCCCAGAGAAGAGAAACAGAGUGUUCUUGGAUAAAGAAACAAACAGUUGGAUUGAGCAGCAAGUUAAAGAUAAAGGCACAAGUGACCCAGGAUAAAAACACAGAAACUCAAACAGCUACUCGGGAGAACAUCUGUUCUGGACCUGCAGCAUUACAGGAGAAAUAGAGGUAGAAAAGUUCUGCUGUUGAAAAAAGACACAAGACCUGGAAUUUACUCAAGAUGCCGCUCCUUGCUCCAGGUCUGUUGUUGCUGAUACCACUUAUCCAAGUGGUAGUUUGUGACUCAAUUUCACCCAGUGAGAGUGGACUGGAUACAGCCAACAUAACCUUUGUGGGCAACAACAGUGUCAAUCUCACCACAAUUGCCUCCACCUUGACCACCAACCAGUCUACUAGUUCUCCGACCCCUGAGAUCACUGCCAACCGCCAAAGCACAAGAGAGCAUGUCUUACAUGUCACUGACAACAGAUGGGAUGAUUAUUAUUGGGAUUUGAAUAAUGAAGACAAUGUUGAUGAAAAGUUUACUACCAAACCACCACCUGCCCCUCUAAUCCCCUGCUCCUAUGACCGCUGCAAACACUUGGAACCUGAAUGUGAAGAAAUACAAAGGAAGGCGGGAGGAAAUUGCCUUUGUCCUGGGUUGGAUGGACCUACAAUACCACCUGAUUCUCCCCGCAUAGCAGAAGUCAAUGCUGGUGAGAAAGGGAUCAGUGUUGGCUGGUGCUCCCCUAUGUCCACUGUGCAGGGUUAUAGGGUACUGUAUGGAACCACUGAUAGUCAGCUAGAAAGCGGACCCAUCCUUAAUAAUACAUAUCGACUAUAUGCCAUUGAGAAUCUCCUGCCUGGUACAUCUUACAGAGUGUGUGUAGUAGCAUUCAAUGGUGCAGGGGAAAGUCCUGUAAAUGCUGUGGAAGACGAGGAGGAUGAUGGAUGGGAGACAGGUACACCAGGUCCCUGCAGGGUCCUCCAUACCUCCAACUCCUCUAAGUCACAUAUUUACUUGGGAAUAGGUGUGGGUUUGGCGAUGCUGGUUGUACUGGGCCUGGCUGUUUUAGGUUACUUUUUGUGGAAAAGAAAAAGGGGGAGCAUGAAGUUAUUUGGAGGGGAGGAAAUGGGAAUCAGAAACCACUCCUAUAAGGCUGAGAGCACAGAUAAUUUGUAAAUUACAUUAUGAGAAAAUGUUCGCAGUUUUGUCCAUAUUGAAAGAUAUUUGUAUGCAAUAUGUAUAUUUCAUGUAUACUUUUUAAAUGUUUAUAUA